ACGGAAGUUUGGCAGUGUUGCCACGACUGGCUCCGGGUCGGCUCUCUGUGCAAUUCAAAUGUACUACCGGUAGUUUUCUCCCUUCUCAGGUCCUUCCUAUUACGCCGGGCUGGAUGAGGAAGGCGUCAACACAUUCACCUCGGUGAAGUGAAUCUCUCACCCCACCUUGACCGAUUUCACCGAGAUAGGUAGCAGAGAUAAGUGACGAGGGCGCGGUGUGGAAAAGAACUCAUAUCAGAUCUUAUCAGAUCCUUCCCAGCGCAACCCCACCAUGCGAACCCCGCGGUCCGCAAUCCGCAGCGACGCAGGCCGAGGCGGGCUGCCCCUCACCAGCAAAGCCGACCAUAUCCCUCCCUCACACCACCCGAGUCAAUAACGACACAUUGCAACGACACACGCAGGCGCAAACGGAUUUCCUCUGUCGCAAAGCAUCUUGAGCAUACGAAAGUGAGCGCAAACGCAAGGAUAUAAACAUCACAAUCAUGGCGCAAGUUGCAAAUCAGGUAGCGGGCGCAGGGGAGCUCUUCGUCAACGGGCGCAUCUUUCUGCACAACGCCGAAGCCGGCCUCGAGACACAACCCACCUUUGCCGAGAGCAUGUUCGUCGCCAACGGCAUUAUCGAGAACAUUGGCACAACAGAGGACCUCAAGGCAAGACACACAUCAGGAGAGGUCACCACACAUGACUUGGAAGGCAGGACAGUCCUGCCGGGCUUCAUCGACGGCCACGUGCACCUCCUCCUCCUCGGCCAGUCGCUGCGCAAAGUAAGCCUCGAGAACUGCACAUCACUGGAAGAGAUCCGCGCCGCCAUCAAGGCGUACGCCGUCGCCAACCCGGACGUCCCGCGCAUCAUGUGCAAGCUGUGGAUGCACUCCAUGACCCCCGACGGCGUCGACAAGACUAUGCUUGACGACAUUGACCCCCGACCAAUCUUCAUCGACACAAAGGACCUUCACUCGACCUGGUGCAACACAGCCGCCAUCAAGGAGCUCGGCAUCGAGAACAUGCCGGACCCGUCAGGAGGCAAGAUCCAUCGCGACACCGAGGGCAAAGCGACGGGUCUCCUCAGCGAGGCCGCCGUGCUCACCAUCGUGUGGCCUCAUCUCGCCCAGGUGGCCCCCAAGAGAGAUCGGAUGGACGCCAUGAAGGAUGCCGUGCAGACCUAUAACGCAUCAGGCUACACAGGGCUGAUUGAGAUGGCCAUGGACGAGCCGGCAUGGGACGCAGCGUGCUCGCUCCGCGCCGAGGAACCCAAUUUGCCCAUGCGCAUCCACGCCUACUGGCUCAUCAAACCAUCCGAAUCCGAGGAGGAGCGCUUCAAGCAGGUCGAUCGGGCCAUCGAACUACACAACGAGCUGAACAAGGCCACCUCCCCCGACCUGCGUAUCGUAGGCAUCAAAAUCAUCACCGACGGCAUCAUCGACGCCUGCACCGCCCACCUGUCAGAGCCCUAUGCCGAGGUGGGUUCCCCCCCGCCCUUCUGGAGCGCCGAGUGGCUCGGCCCCGUGGUUGCGAGGGCAGACGCCGCCGGAUUGCAAAUCGCCCUGCACGCGAUAGGCGACGCAGCCAUCAAGAACGCAGUCAACGCCCUCGCCAACCACGCCACGCCUGGCCGCCGCCACCGCCUCGAGCACAUUGAGAUGGCAUCUCCCGAGGAUGCAAAGCACCUGGGCGAGUUGGGCCUCACGGCUUCCAUCCAGCCCGUCCACGCCGACCCGGCCAUCCUCCGCGCCUGGCCGCGCCUCAUUGGCGCCCACCGCUGCGAGCGCGCCUUUGCCUACCGCGAAUUCGCAGACCACGGCGCGCUCCUCGCACUCGGUAGCGACAGCCCCACGGCCCCCUGGGCGCCGCUGCAAAACGCCUACGUCGCGACAACGCGGCGGUCCGCCAGGGAGCCGGGGUACGAUGUGGUCGUCAACGAGCACUUUAAGCUGGGCGUGUGCGAGGCCAUCACGGCGGGCGCAUUCGGAACUGCAAAGAGCGUGUUUGCGGAGGAUCGGACGGGUUCUCUGCAGGUUGGCAAGCGCGCGGACUUUGUGGUGGCGGAGAUGGAUUGGACGCCGCAGGGCCUGCUCAAGGGCGAGAUCAAGGCUACCUGGUUUGACGGGCGGAGGGUGUGGCCGUCUCCCGAUGCGUAGGGUGUUAUUCGGGAGAUGGAAACUGCUCCUCCUCCUCCAUCAGUUCAUGUUGAGAAUCAGACUUUGAGUUGUGCCGCGGUCGCUGCUAUUGACUGCUGCAUUUCAGUACAUACGCCCUGUACAUGCAGCCGAGAGGCAAAAAUACAAAGCCCAGCCAAUUGGUGGUGUUCGUGUACAAGUAUUUGUCGGCUCCCACAUGACAUGUUCAGAUAUUUGUAAAUGAGGGUUCGUGUGUACUUGUUAUUGAGUGUGUGUGUAUGUGCUGUGCGUUUGCGUGUGUCUGUAUGCGAAAGAGAAAACGCAAGUCAGUUUGAUCUGUGUGAGUAAGGUAGUAGUCGUGUGUGUGUGAGUGUGUCAGUAUGCCAGCCGGCGCAGUAUUCUGGGAAUAGUUUCAUCCCAUCUCGUGCGUGUUUCCGGCUUUGCGGCAAGAUGGCACUGGCCGCUCUCCUGCCCUCCCC